GUUCCACGCUUCCCCCGCAUAUAAAGUGCUGUCGCAGGCUUCCAGCCCUAGACCCCUCGUUUUCCCCCUCAGCAGCCGCCGCGCCCUGCUCCCUCCUCUCCCCGGCGACGAGCACUCACCAGAUCACCUGUGAAACUUUCUUGAGGGGAGAUGGCGGUUUCUUUUGCAAACGUCAACUCCGACGCAGGGCUUAAAAAGCUUGAUGAGUACCUUCUCACUCGCAGCUACAUCACUGGUUACCAAGCUUCCAAGGAUGACUUGGCUGUCUACUCUUCAUUUUCUGCGGCCCCCUCAUCCAAGUACAUCAAUGUUGCAAGGUGGUUCAGUCACAUUGAUGCCCUCGUGAGGCUAUGUGGAAUAACCGCGGAGGGCCAAGGUGUCAAGGUUGAAUCAUCUGCUGUUCCAUCAGCCUCAACUCCUGAUGUUGCUGAUGCAGCGGCCCCAGCUGAUGAUGACGACGAUGAUGAUGUCGACCUAUUUGGUGAGGAGACUGAAGAGGAGAAAAAGGCUGCUGAAGAGCGUGCUGCGGCUGUUAAGGCUUCUGGCAAGAAGAAAGAAUCUGGGAAGUCGUCAGUUUUGCUUGAUGUGAAGCCAUGGGAUGAUGAGACUGACAUGGCCAAGUUGGAGGAAGCAGUAAGGAAUGUCAAGAUGGAAGGACUGCUCUGGGGUGCAUCCAAGCUUGUCCCAGUUGGGUACGGCAUCAAGAAGCUGCAGAUCAUGUUGACCAUUGUUGAUGAUCUCGUCUCUGUUGACACACUCAUCGAGGACUAUCUGUGCGCUGAGCCAGUGAACGAGCACGUCCAGAGCUGCGACAUUGUUGCCUUCAACAAGAUCUAAAUCGGCUCGAGGUGCAGGCUGUGGUCGGUGGACAAUGCACCGGCCCAAUUUAUCCAGAGUUUUUGUUGCCUAUGUCAGCUUCGUGUGUCGACUAGUAAUUGCCCGUGAGGUUUUUGGAACCUAGUCAAGUGUACCAGUUACCAGGGGUCAAUUUGCUUGAAUUUGAAAUAUAAUCUGGCUGGAUUUCUGUUACUCGUACUUGUAGUUCGUGUCUUUCUUUC